UGCCUUUUUGUCUCCUUCGGCUUCCACCAAAGCUCUGUGUCAUCAAUUUACCUUUUCUGGUUACCUCUCUUGUUAGGUCUCACCACUUUGAUUUCAUUUUGUUAAGAUCCCAACCCAUUAUUCAAUUUCUACACAAACAAAAGUCAUUUUAUUCAUAAAAGGAUAUUUAUAUGGGUAAACCGAAUAAUUCAAGAAGUCAAGGCCUCGUAUUUCCAGCCAUUCGACCUUGGCUUCCAACAACCUUACGGAUGCAUAAAUUCCACAAUUUUGCAUCCUCUCACACCUUAAAAAUCUUAACUAUUCCUUUAUAUAAUAAAAUCUAACUUAUUAAAAUAGGACAAGUGUUCCUCAAUCCCAACACUUAACACUCUCAUAUAAUGUCAUGCGAUAUAAAAAUAUGAUUAAAUUAAGUGGAAAUUUGUAUGAGGUAUGACAUAGAAUUUAGAUUUCACUCAGAAAUAAAUUUGAUUAUUGUUAAAUUUGAGUCCAGGUUUCAAUGUGGUAGUGUCUUCUAUGCGUUUUCACCUUUUAGUACAUGCUAAUAAUCUGAUUAUUAGUCAUUGCUUCAACAACUUCUUGUUGAUGAAAAGUGUAGAAUCUGAAAGCCAUUUAAAGACUACAAGAAUCCUAUCUGUUUCCAUCUGACAUUUAUGUUGUGACUGACUGAAAUGUAGUGAAAACAGUGCCAAUGAUUGAAAUAUUUGCUUAUAUAAGAAGUUCAUAGAGGCUUGUCUGACAAAAUUCAUUGAGUUGGUGCAUCUGAUUUGCAGGUCAAAAUUCAUUUCCUAACACCAAGAAUAAAAUUCAGGGAAGCAGAAUCGGUGCAAAAUUCAAAAGAGGAAUAUCUCAAUGCAGAGUCCCAUGACAUGGAUAACAAAUCAGAUGGAUCUGAUUGUAUACUUCCAAAGAGCAACCGGUCCUCGUCCAGUAAAGGGUUGGAUUCUAACUUACAUAAAGAAGAACCAGAGAGGAGGGGAACAAGUUUUGCUGCUUCUGACUCACAUCCAUGCUAUGACUCAGCUGAGGUUUCCUUCAAGGGUGAAAAUUUUUGUUCAAGAAAGAACUCCAAUGGUGAUGAUGGAUUCAGCCUAAACAGGGGACCAGACUCAAGCAGUUCCCGGAACAAGGUACCUGAAGGCAAUUAUCAAGUUGUUAAUCCUUCUGAAUCAAAUCUGUCAACAUUUAAUUCAGAGGAUGCAGAUUCAGAAAAUUCUUCCAAGUACAGUCAGGAAGAUUUUGCAUUAUCAGUAAGUGGAAUCAGUGCAACUACUAAAAGCCUUCUGGAAGCAGCACAGGACACGAUACAAGAGCUUUGCACAGAGUCGAAAAUGUGGAAGAGAAACGCACAGAAGUUGAUGCUUGAUUUAGAUAUACUUAGGAAAGAAUUUUCUGAUCAGUCCAAAAGCCAGGCAGGCCUGCAAAUGGAGCUUUCAGCAGCAUGCGCUGAACGUGAUGGGUUUAAAAAUGAAGUUGAGCAGCUGAAAUUUUUGUUAGAGAAAAUGGAGAAGGCAGCUGGUUUUGAUAAUUCAACAUUUCAGGUUGAAAGUGUCACCCACUUUCAAAAAGAAUUGGAAGAUGAAAUUAAGUUUCAUAAAGAAUCAACUGCUCAUCUGGCUCUGCAGUUGAAGAGGAGUCAAGAAUCAAAUUUUGAACUUGUGGCUGUUCUACAGGAGUUAGAAGAUACUAUGGAAAAGCAGAAACUAGAAAUGGAGAAUCUUUCAUCGCUGCAAUCAAAAUUCAGCCAUGCGGAAGAGUCUAUUGAUUCAAACAUUGAAGAAAACAAAAGCACAAUGCUCCAACUAAGGCAACUCCAGGAAUCAGAAAGAAAUUUGCAAGCUAAGGUACAGGUACAAGAGCAAGCGUUAGAGGAAAAAGGCCUUGGCAUAGAGAAGCAAGAGAUUUUCAGCAAUCAAAGCCUCCUGCAAAUUGAGACAGAAUACAAGGCUAAGUUGUCAGCUAAAGAUAAUGAAAUUACUAGUUUAAAAGCCAAGUUAUCCGAGUUUCACAAGGAGAAAAUUUCUGCAGAAAUGGUGUCCAUGAAUGGAGGUGAAGCUAAUCCGAGAGGAGAAAUUGAAGACCUAACAUCAAAACUGCAGGAGCUGGAGAAAGAUUGCAAUGAGCUGACAGAUGAAAACCUUCGGCUUCUUUUCAAGCUUAAGGAAGUAAAGAACUCUUCCGGCGAGCAAUUGGAAGAUUAUUCUUCCAAUUUAAGGUCUGACGUGGGUCAUCAUGAAUCCGAAGAGCAUAAUAUUGAACAGAAGCUAAAAAAGAAAGAGCUCAUGGAGAUGAAAAGGCAAUAUAAUGUUUCAGUGCAACAACUUGAGAGUUUGAAAAAUGAACUGGAAGUCAAGGUAGCAGGGCGGGAUGAGGAAUUAUGUCAAAAAAGGUCUGAAAUAGAACAACUUCAAGAUCACUUGUGUAAAGAAGAGGAGAUUAGAGAUCUUUUGAAUUGUCAAAAGGAAUUGGAAGCUGAGGUUUCUAGCCUUCAACAUGAAAAACUCCAGCUAGAGGAAAGCAACGCGAUCAUCUUGAGAGAAAGUGAAAUUGCUACCAAGUGCAUGAAUGAUUUGCGAAAAGAUAUAAGGUUGCUAAGCAGCAGUGUGGAUUCCCAUGUUUCAGCCAAUAGAACACUUGAAAAGAAAUCUUCAGAGCUAGAAAGUGAAAAGCAAAAACUGGAGGUCCAAUUAUCUGAAAUAGAAAAUGAAAAUGCACAGUUAUCAGCAUGCGUUUCCAGCUUGGAGGCCCAACUAAGUUUACUGACCAAUGAGAGGGAAUCAAGACAACUAGAAUUAAAUAAUUGCAAUCAUCUUGUUAAGAAUCUCCAAGAUGAGAUCAAAAGAUUGAGAAAUGACAUGGAGACCCAAGAAAUGGAUACGAAGAGAAAGCUGGAGGAGAUGCAUAAUCAGUUGUCAGAAGCACAAGUAGAGAUUGAGUGUCUGGGAAGAGAAAAUUUGAAGUUACAAUCAACUGCUAAUAGUCUCAUUAAGGAGUGCAGUUCUGUUCAGAAGUCAAAUGGAGAAUUAAAGAAGCAAAAAUUUGAAUUGCAAAAGCAUUGUACCAACUUGGAGGAAAAGCUAAGGGAGUCUAAUGAAAACUUCCUUAAUUGUUCCAGAAAAGUUGAAGGUUUAGAAGAAAAUAUUUCUUCCAUGCUGGAAGAUAUUGCCUUGAAAGAGAAAAGCAUUACUUUGCAGUUAGAUGCACUUUUCGAUGAAAAUGGAAAACUAAGGAAGAAACUUGCUGGGGCAGAAAGCUUGUUAGCGCAGAUGCUUUUAGAGAAGUCGGUUGAAAUUGAUAAUCUUCAACAGGAGAUAGCAAACCUCAGUAAGCAACUCUCUGCAACACUUAAUGAAAAAAACAGGAUAGCUUCUGAAGCUGAGCAUGAAGUUUCUGGUCUACAUGUCAAUAACACUAAACUGGAGUGUGCUCUUCGAAAUCUUCAAUGUGAAUUGACACGGGCGGAGAAUGAGCUCAACAGUAUUCAAAUAGAAACUCAAGCAAAGGUUCAAGGCCUGAUUGGGGAGCUUGCUGCUUCCAAGCAAAACCAAGACAUGUUGACGGCUAAACAUGAAAGGUUGUUGAAGCAGUUGGAGAUAUACAAAUCGAAUGAAGAAAAACUUAAGAUCAGCUUGAAUGAUCUUGAACUAAAGCUUACAGUAUCAGAAUAUGAGUGGCAAAAACUCAGGGAAGAGUCUACCGGUAUGAAAGUUCAGUUGUUGAGAAUAGAGCAUCUUGAACAAGAAGUUUUAUCACAAAAGAAUGAGCUCAAUGCAAUCAAAUCAGAGAAAGAGGAAUUGAAAACUUCAUUGCAUCACAAGUAUAAGGAGUGUGAGGAUAUGAAAGUGCAAAAGGAUUCAUAUUUGGAGAAGAUAUCUACUUUGCAGGAGGAUGUGUCUAAACUAGAGGACUGCGAACGUCAUUCUGUUGCCUCGAAAGAAAAGCUUCAGCAGAUUGAGGACGACUUGAUGGAAAGGGUGGAAUUAAGUGUACAGUAUACAGAGCUUAAAAAUGAGCUCUCCGUGAUAAAAAAGGCUAACAGCCAACUUCGGUGGAAGAUCCAACUACUUGAGGAAGAGAAAGAUAAGUUUCUAAAGAAAUCUCAAGCACUUGACGAAGAAUUGAAGUUGAUGAAAGAAGAAAGACACAAUAAGAGGGAGUCCAGCAGCACAAAUUCUAAUAGAUGCCAACAUCAAAAGGAGGGAGAUAAUGGAUACACAGUUCACCAUAAGAGUUCUACUACUGACGCUCCAGUCUCAAAGAUUCAGUUGCUUGAAGCUGAACUAGCCGAAACUAAGGAAGCCAAUAGCAUGUACAAACCACAGAUUAAGAGAAGGUUGUCAUCUGAGGGUAAAAGCUAUUGUGUAAAUGGUAGAAAAUCUACUACUAAAGGUGAAGUUAUGAUGAAAGAAAGAUUUGAACGAACAAAAUCAUCUCUAGAGUCAGAGCUAAGGGAUAUUCGGGAGCGGUAUCUCCAAAUGAGCCUCAAAUAUGCUGAGGUAGAAGCUCAGCGUGAGGAACUUGUCAUGAAGCUUAAGUUAGCCAAAAAGGGGAACAGAUGGUCAUCUUAAAUUUAAUAACAUUACUUCAUCCAACCAAUUUCAGAUAGCAUUUCUCAAGUCUCAACUUCUGUGACAUUCACAAGAGUAAGUUCCUGAAAGGAGAAUAAAAAGAGAAAGUUCCCCAUUUGUAAAAUCUAAAAUAACUGAUGGGAAAGUUGUAGAAUGUAAGAAUUUCAUUUAAACAACAUCAAAUGUGUAACUAAAUUUGGAGAAUUGAAUUAGAAUGAACAAUUGUACUGUAAAUAAAAUGUCAAUAUAAUUAAUGAUAA